UUUUUUUUUUUUUGCAUAUCGCUCUUUUAUUAAUCUUUUUCUCCGAUUUUGUCUCUCCUCCUUGGGAAUCUAUAUUAGAACUGAUAGUUGUUAAAUGCUUUUGUUGAUUCAAUCAGUUACUUGUGGGUUUUUUAAUUAUUAUUUGAAGAUUCCACAAGUGAAUCAAGCAAUGUUCUCUGGAAUCUCUUAUUAUUAAGAAGGGGUAGAGGAAAGAGGAGGAAAAUAAAAUAUUGAGCCUUUCCCAGAUUUCUGGAAUAUCAGAGGCCCUAAAGUACAGUUAGUUUUUCCACUUACGUUGAUUUCCUCUGGUUAGGUGAGUUGCUCCCAAAGCUGUUAAAUUUCAUUCAGCAUACAUCUAUAAAAGUAGAGAAGAGAAUAUCAGCCACAAGGGUUGUGAAAACAGGCUGAUAUAUGGAACACACUUACUGUCUCACGCUCAGCUCUUAAUAAGUGAUAGCUACUGUAGUGAGCAAGGUCAUUCAGACUAGUUUGAAUUCCCACUUUCCAGCUCUGUGAACUUUGGUGUGGUACUUCAGUUUCCUCAUUUGUAAAAUGGGGUGUAAAUAUAUAACUCAUAGAAAUGUUAUAUUAAAGCACCUGUUAUAAUUAGUAGUAUGCAUAUGCUGCUGCUGCUAAGUCACAUCAGUUGUGUCCGACUCUGUACAACUCCACAGAUGGCAGCCCACCAGGCUUCUCUGUCCCUGGGAUUCUCCAGGCAAGAAUACUGGAGUGGGUUGCCAUUUCCUUCUACCAAGCACUCAAUACAUGACUUGUUUUAAGUGUUAUUGUCACAAGAGUAAUCAUUUAUGGAACAUCCAGCGUGUCAUAGGCUCUGUACAAGAUCCUUGUUGCUACUGUCUGUGAUUCUGAAACUUCAGGCUCAUAUCCUACAUCUGUUAGAAGAAGACUUUAUUUCGGUUGUUUAACUUUUGUAGGCUGGAUCAUAUAGGCUAAUCCUAACAGAAAUACUGAUUCAGACUUCACUGAGCCUAAAUCUAGCCAAAAAGCAAACAAGCUAACAAACAACAACCAAAAAAAAACCCGUUUUCUGUGAGCAGCCAAAGAUGUUGCGUACACAGAAUUGCAUACAUGUACUUUCCUUAUGGAAGCAUUCUUCAAGUUCUUAUUUAGUGCCCAUCACAUUUUUGUCACUUGUUAGCUGAAUGACUUUAGGUGAGUCUCAAUCCUGUUUUCCUCAUCUGUGAAAUAAAGGGGUUAUACAGCUAAUUUCUAAAAAGUCUCAAGACUAGAAACUUUUAAAUUCUGUGUAUCUGAUUUUUUUCUGGGUUAUUUUCUAUACUCAUCUCUUUAAAAGAAAAAUAAAUUUACUCUGAAGUGUAAGAUCUGGGCACAGGAUUCACUGGAUGUCAAGCUCUGUGAUGAAUAAGAAAUUUCAAGUCCAACAUGAAGGACCAGUAUAUAAACAAUUAUAAUUUCAGUGGAAUAAGUUAAGUAAAUCCCAAGCAUAAAUAAGAGUGAUUGAUUUUUCUGGAAAUGGGGGCCACCAGAAAAUGCUUUGCAGAGAAGUUAUAACAGAAUGGGUUAGACUGCAUUUACAAGUUGUCCCAAAGUUCAGUGUUUGAAAAUUCUAAAGGUGCAUUUAUUGUUAAUUGUAUAAGCCACUGUUGGUCAUCAGUGCCUCUGCUCCACGUAGCUAUUUGGGGACAUGAGCCAAUGGAUGCUCUCACAUCUCGGCUCGUAGCCUCUGUGAUUGUCACAGUGAGAGGAGAAAAAGGAGCUGGUGAUUUUACCACCAGCCUUAAAUGCAUUAGUACUUUCUGGUACACAGAUGGCCAACAUCACCUUGACUUGUAGCCUCUUAGAAUUAAUCAGAUAGUUUCAUUUAGCUGUAAGAGAGUGGGUGAUAUGGGAGAGUAAAUAUUUGGUGAGUGUAUAUUUUUGCUACAUGGCACCUGAGCUAAUUCUGAAAAGGGUUUGGACAGAGGAUUCAAAGGCCAGAUUUCUACUUUCAGCAGUGUUAUUUCAACUGUUAACCAAAAGAAAGAAGCCACUGAAAACAGAAGUUCACCCACACAUCUUGUUUUCCCUAACAUCAAGAAUGUGAGAGACCUACCACCAAUUUCCCUUGAUGUCAGACAAAAACAGCGCAUCUCCACAGAUCCAUUAUCAUCUGAAAUGAAAGCCCCAGUUCUUCCAGAACCCAUCCUUCCAGUUCAGCCCAAAACUAUGAAAGACUUUCUGGAAGAUGUAGAAAAAGCUAAGUCAUCAGGAGAUUGGAAAACAGUAUAUGAUUUUUAUCUUACAACAUUUGAUUCUUUUCCAGAACUAAGUGCUGCAUUUAAGAAAGAUGCCUCUGCCUCGUUUAAUACUAUUGAAGACUCUGGGAUUAAUGCUAAAUUUGUGAAUGCUGUAUAUGAUGCCUUACUUAAUACUCCUCAAGACAUUCAGAAGACAGUAUUAAAGGGAAUCAUUAACAGCCUGUUACAAGACUGGAAAGGUCCACGAACAAAAGAUGAUCUUAGAGCAUAUUUUAUACUUUUACAGAAUCCUCAAUUUAAUAACACAUCUACAUAUGUCAUCUAUGCCCACUUGCUACGACAGACAGCCAGCUUAGUGGAAGCUGACCAUCAUUUCCUAGCUCACUGGUUUAAAAAAUUAUCCCAGAAGAGGUUCAAACCAUUGGUAGAGAGAUUGCUGCAGUUUAUUUCUUUACGCCUGUUUCCUGCAAAACCUGAAGAAUUUCCACCUAUAUCAAAGUGUUCGUGGUGGAUCCCAUCAGCAUCUAAAGUAUUGGCUUUACUUAAUACUGCGAACAACUUGGUUCACCCUCCCCUUAUUCCUUAUACUGAUUUCUAUAAUUCUACAUUGGAUCACAUUGACCUCAUGGAAGAAUACCACACCUGGCAGAGCUUUGGAAACUCUCACAGGUUUUCCUUCUGUCAGUACCCAUUCGUUAUUUCUAUAGCUGCAAAAAAAAUCAUUAUUCAAAGAGACUCAGAACAACAGAUGAUAAGCAUCGCAAGGCAAAGUCUGGUGGAUAAAGUAUCUCGAAGACAGAGACCUGAUAUGAAUAUGUUAUUUCUAAAUAUGAAAGUAAGGCGGACACAUCUGGUUAGCGAUUCUCUUGAUGAGUUAACCCGGAAAAGAGCAGACCUGAAAAAGAAGUUGAAAGUUACAUUUGUAGGGGAAGCUGGUUUGGAUAUGGGUGGCUUGACUAAAGAAUGGUUCCUUCUUCUAAUUCGCCAAAUUUUUCAUCCAGAUUAUGGCAUGUUUACGUAUCAUAAGGAUUCAUACUGCCAUUGGUUUAGCAGCUUUAAAUGUGAUAACUAUUCUGAAUUCCGAUUGGUUGGAAUUCUUAUGGGACUAGCUGUUUAUAACAGCAUUACUUUGGAUAUUCGUUUCCCCCCCUGCUGCUAUAAGAAAUUAUUGAGCCCUCCCAUCGUUCCUAGUGAUCAAAAUACACCAGUAGGCAUCUGCAGUGUUACCACUGACGACCUGUGUCAAAUUAUGCCUGAGUUGGCCCAUGGAUUAAGUGAACUCCUGUCAUAUGAAGGCAAUGUUGAAGAAGAUUUCUAUUCCACAUUUCAGGUGUUUCAAGAAGAAUUCGGAAUAAUUAAGUCCUAUAAUUUAAAGCCAGGUGGUGAUAAAAUUCCAGUUACCAAUCAAAAUAGGAAAGAAUAUGUACAGCUUUAUAUUGACUUUCUUCUCAACAAAUCCAUCUAUAAGCAGUUUGCUGCAUUUUAUUAUGGAUUUCAUAGUGUGUGUGCUUCAAAUGCCCUAAUGCUGCUUCGUCCAGAAGAGGUUGAAAUUCUAGUCUGUGGAAGUCCUGAACUGGAUAUGCAUGCCCUACAGAGAAGUACACAGUAUGAUGGUUACGCAAAAACUGACUUGACUAUCCGAUACUUUUGGGAUGUUGUGCUUGGAUUUCCUCUUGAUCUUCAAAAGAAGUUGUUACAUUUUACUACAGGAAGUGACAGAGUUCCUGUAGGAGGAAUGGCUGAUUUAAACUUUAAAAUCUCAAAGAAUGAAACUUCUACUAACUGGUUGCCUGUGGCCCACACCUGCUUCAAUCAACUUUGCCUUCCCCCCUACAAGAGCAAAAAGGACCUGAAACAGAAAUUGAUCAUUGGAAUUUCAAAUUCAGAAGGUUUUGGACUUGAGUAACCAAGAAGACUUGAAAUACAUUUAUAUGUAGCAUUCACUUCCCUCUUACUGUGCCUUUAACCUUUCCAUGUUUUCUGUCUCAAAAUACCUUGGAAAAGCUCACCAACUUUAAAAGACUGACUUUAAAAAAAAAAAAAAUCAAAUACGAAGUGUGUUCAGUAGAGGCAUGGUUUUCUAAAAACACAACACUGUUUGAGUGAGAAAAAGACCAGGUGGCAGAGACAGGUGGGUCCAGUCCCUCUUUUUAUAGCACUUUAUCAUCCUCCAUAAGUGGUGUGUCGCAGGUGUUCCACUGGGGAAGCAUCACGCAGUAAAGAAUGCAGCGAUGGCAGAGUGGGUGGAGCCCAGUGGCAAAUUGUGUGCUGCUUGCGCACGGUAGCAACACGGAUAGCUACAUUAUCAUUAAUGUAGGGCAUGUAGCCAUAUUUUCAUAUAGCGGGUAAACAACAGUAUCAUUGCAAAUGCAAUUUACAGGGGUUUUUUGAUAUACUGGCUUUGGUCCUCUAAAGAUUCUUUUCAACCAUUCCUGAAAAUCAGCAUGUAAAUAACUACAUAAUAGCCUGAGAAUAAUGGGAUUUUGAUAGUGCCAUUUAUUGCUAAAGAUUUAUUUUUACAAAGUAAAUUCAGGGUUUUAGAUGUGUGUACAGCUUUUACAAAUCAAUAAAGAUGAUUGCACAAGAGUGUAACUAUUUUCAGACUAAUUGGACUCAAGGUUAUAUUCUUUUAAGUAUCGUCAGUCUGCAUGCACACGCACAGUAAACUAGUUACUUUGAGUACUCUGUAAUGUUUGUAUAAUCCUUUCUUCUUAAGGGUCAGAAUAUUAGAAAGGAAAUAGAUCUGACUAGUCACUGAUAAAUUAAGUCAAUUACAAGCACAAAAAGAGAGAACUGUUUUUAUAUACACUUUGAUUGACAUACAAGACUUAUUUAUAGUAUUUUUUGAUCACCUGUUGUUCUGAAACACUAAUUUUUGAAAACAAGUAGGAUAAGAUAUUUGACAAAAGUGAAUACGAUAACAUUUGUGUCAAAAUGACAUGAAGUGAAAGUCCCUCAGUGACAUAGCUUGAUGUAAAGAUAAGGUUCAACAUUUUGGCCCAAAUGUUUGUUUUUCACUGGAUUUUGAAUAUAGUGAAUUCAAAAGUACCCUUUUUGGAGUUUAUUAAUAAAGUAGCAUGUAAAAAGAAACUGCAUUUUAAGUCAGACAGUAAAUGGUUUUAAUUUACAGCAAAUGAAGCAGUUUUAUUAGCACAUUGCAGUAUUUCCAAAUCGACUUCUGUAUUAUACUUUGAUAGCUUUCCUUUAGAAAACUCUGAAGGUGUAUUUGCAAUAAUAAUGAAGCCAGCAUUUAGUACCAGCACAUGGUUCACAUGCAAAUAAUACUUUCCCAAUUUCCAAGUUACACUACUAUCUUAUUGCUAUGAUUCCUACACCCCCACCAGCAGAAUUCUUCUAGGGUGGAGGAACUAAUCAGCUUGUUCUGUAUUUCCAAAGCCAACUUGUGAAUCUUGGAGGAAAGGAGUUAGUUCAUUUACUAUUCUGUUUGAGACAGAAGUGAUUCCACUUUUCCACUUGGACAUACUAUUUAAAGGUUUUUUCUUCUUAAAAUUCUUGGAACACCUAAGAGAUUUAAGGGCAUGUUGGUUUUGUUUUGUUUGCUCUGUUUUUAAUCCAUGUGCAAAUAAAACUGCUUCUCUCUUUCACUGCUUGAACUAGAAAGUAAGGUGUUUAAUGUAGGUUACUGCUAACUAAUAAGCACAAAAGAAUCAUGUAUAAGAAACCAGAUUUAAGUGUUCUAAGUAAAAUGUAAACAAAGCUUCUAUUUGGUAGAGAUGGGAAAAUUGUGUUGGCUUGGUCUGCAUGUCUAUGAUGUGCUUGUAUAUCAAUAGCUAUGUCAUUUUUAAAUAAGAAGUAUACAAGCAAGCCAAAUUUUUAAAUCACAGAGUCCAUAAAUAACUGGAAAAUUUCUGUUGUCUGUUGUUGAAAUUUAUAAUCAUUUAUCACUAAAUUGCACAUUGCCUUUAUUUAUUUAUGCUCUGGUUUUGGUUUACAGUGUAAUUAAUACCUCAUUUUUUAAAAGAACCACUACUGUUAUAUUUCGUUAAUUUAAACAGCUAGAAAAUUCAUGUAGUUGCUUUCUUUUUAUAUAAUCUGUUCAUGAAUUCUUGAUUUUUGUAUCUGCCACAGUAAAUUAAAGCAUUGCACACUAUUUAUCAGUAUUUACAAAAUGUUCUGUCCUUUUUUAAUCUUUGUUUAAUUAAUCAUAUUUUUGUCUGUAUGAUCAGAAGUUUUUAACCGCCCCUCUUUUUUGUACAAAUGUGUAUUGUAUUAUGUUGUUAAUUUCUGGAUAAAUUUUUUCAAAUAUUAAAGUUAUAUAAUCAA